AUGGAAGCAAUAAAAAACCGAGACAAUGCAGAACGAGAAAUCAAAGCGCUAAAGAUGCAGCUCAACAUGGCAGAAGAGACUCGUGACAGCGUGCGGAGGGACCUCAUGGAUGCGCACAGGAAAAUGCGGGAGUGCGAGGAAGCAAAAGAGUCUCAAAGAAAGGAAAACUUGGCGCUCAGAAGACAAAUCAAAGACGAAGAAAUUGAAAAGAAUGCAUUUCAAAAGACCUGUGAAGAGCUACGAGAGAAAGUAAAACAAACUGAAAGCGAGCGGGCUGAGACUAAACGUGCUCUGGACGAACUCGAGAACAAAUUUAGAGUGUGCGACGAUAGUCGUACGAGCCUCACCGGGGAGGCGAACGAUCUUCGUAGCCGAGUGAACGAGUUCGAGGCGGAGCGCGCCGAGACUAGGCGAGAACUGCAAGAGGCAUUGCGUCAAGUAAAGAUUCUCAGCAGCGAGUGUCUGAUGGGGAAGAGAGAAGCUUCAGAUCUUCAAGAGAGGCUGGCACAUGAGGAAUCUUUACGCGAAGAGUUACGACAUGAGGCGUAUAACUUAAAACAAAGUAUACUGCAAGUGGAGAGCGAGAAGGAGGAGGCAAAACAGAAUGGGGCGAAACUACAAAGAAGGUAAGGAAAGAAACUUGUACAUACUUACUUUAGGUUUUUAGCUUUUGCAUGCACAGCCAAAAGUUCUGUCAACCUAUAAAUCAAACCAUACUAUACUUUAAGACUUUCAAGGCUUCCUCAGUCACUUUAGUCUAGUUGCAAAUCCUUCUCAGACUACAAACCAUCAGUGUACCUAAUCCCAUUUAAGCUCCCUUCUAUCAUAUUUACACCUCACAGUAAAUUUUGACCGGAACUGAAACCUGUACCACUUUAUAGAGUGUACCUCAGCUUUUACGAUGUAGCCGUCACGCUCUCAAACUUCGAAGUAUCUCAGAGUCCCUUGCUUAACUGAUAAAUUUUGCCUGGUAUUAAAGGAUCAAAGAAGCAGAGGACACCUUUGCGAGUCGAGAGAAAGAUUACCAAGCUCAGAUAGAGGAGUUCAAACAGUUUGAGCAGAAGGCCAGAAGUAAAAUGAGAGAAAUGGAGAAUCUUCUCGAACAAACGACAUUUGACCGGGAAAAUUACAAAGCUCAGCUGUCUGGAAAUGAUGGAAGAAUUAGCGCUCUGGAAUCUCAACUAUCUCGAGUUGAAGCUUCCAAAAAUGAAUUGGAAUUUAAGCUUUCAAGUCUUUACUCAAUUCUUCGAAGAUCACUUGGCUUACGAUCCCAGUCCCGACCUACCUCGCCAACCGAGGGUAGUCCGAAGAAGAACCAAAGACCAUACCGAGGGCGACCAAGAUCGGGCUCAGGUAUGUCUAGUUUGAAGCUCAAACAGGUGGUUUUCUUCUUGUUUAGGUUAAGAUAUUUCAAAGAGGAUCGGGGACCUUUAGGCAUAUAUAUAUAUGUCAUAUCGCCUCGCCUGAGUCGAAGAAGCUGUGGGGGUUUCACACACACAUACAUUGCAAUGAAGUGACUGAUGACAAGAGCUGUUGAACCCGUCAGUUUUAUUGUUGAGACAGAACAUUACCAAGACAUCGAAGAAUUCAGCUGAAGCCUAAGCAUCUGAGCUACCUAACUCAGCUCAAUAAAUGCCUCAUUCGUGACACUGAAAGCACAAAUCUAAGAUUCUGCUCCAUAACACUGACACUGUUUUGUUCCCUUUGAUAGAUGACUCAUCGGAUGACAUUGAUCCGGACGCUGUGAAAUCGUCCUUAAGUGAGCUGCUACAGAACCUGAAAGACGCCGAGAGAAAGAAAGAGGAGAGUUCAGUGAAAGUGGACAGUUUGCAGAAUUCUGUGGCUAAGUUGGAGGAAGAAAGAGCGGCUCUGGACGGAAAACUGCGAGCUGUUCAUCAGGAAAUGAACGAAUUAAGAGAACAGAAAAGACUACUGGAAGAAAGAUUGAACAGCUCAGAGACUGCACUUACGUUGCAGGUGAGGUGAAUACUUUUUUCGGUGUCAGGUGUAAGAAAAGUUUGAAUAAGUCAUUAACACAUGUACACAUUACGCAUUAGGAAAAAGAACGUUUCUACAAAUUGGUAAAGGAUUAGUUGGCCGCACGGUUCACGUUUAGUACCUCAGGGCUGGUUUAUUGUACUGUUUUCUUAGGGGAGACGCUUUAUCACCACGGUGCUUCUCUCCCCCUGGGCGUGUAAAUGGGCACCAAUAAUUCACCAGUGUGCGUGUGGGUGUGGGUGGGGGGAGGGGCCUGCAGGGGGAUAACUUUCUAUAGUAGCAUGCUCUAGAUCUGAACGCCUUGGAAACUGAGGUGGUAAACUACCUUUUAGAGACUUAAAUUUUACCUUCGUUGACAAUUUAGCACCUCCUUGAAGAACAAUGAAACUGCGGUUAGUUAAGACAAAAAGUUUAGAGACUGCUGCUUUUCUGUUUUCAGGAGGAGGCAAUUCAAAAGGUUGAGCGAGAACGAAAUGGCAUGAAUGAAAAAUUGCAAAUGUUGGAAGGUACAUUGGGCCUGUCGGAAAGCGAGAGGAAGCAACAACAAGAGAAGAUAAGAGAGCUUCAGGAAACAGAGAAAAGACUGAAAAACGAAAAGCACACAUUGAGGGCCCAAAUGGAAUCUUCAUCCGGAGAACUAACGAAGAACGAGUUAAAGCUGAAAGCCUUGGAUGGCGAAUUGCAAAGGCAGAAGCGUGUUCAACAAGAUGCGGAGGCUGAAAAUAGAGAACUACGUGAAAGGUUGAGUGCUGCUUUAAAAGCAAAUCAAGAAUUGGAAAGCAAUGUGUCCAGUUUAAACCUUGCAAUUCAGAAACUAAACAGUGCUGUGUCCAAAGGGGAAGAAGAGGAGACGCGGCUAAAAGAAAAGGUACAGGCUUUGUCGGUUUCUCUGAGUGAAAGCAAUUGCAGCUCACAAAACUUACAAGACCACAUUGCUCAACUUCAGCGGUCUCUUGAAAGCUCAGAAGGCGACAAGCGUUUGCAACACGAGAGAGUGGUAGCACUUCGCGAAACGGUGAAAGAUUGCAAGAAUGAAAACCGUGUGUUGGCUGAAAAAGUCAGUUUCUUGGAGAAAACCAGAGAGGAGGCUGAACUGCGGAUAAAUGACUUCGAAAAUCAAGUAAAACACGUAAAAGGUCUCCUGAUGCAGCGUCAACAGCAUGAAGAUGAACUUCUCGUUAAACUGCAAGACCUGGAGAGUGAAACUCAUGCUCUCAAAAGCGAGAACUCUUCUCUACAUAAAACAAAUUCUUCCUUCGAGGCUGAGAAGAAAGAUCUGGAAAAAAGCAACUUGCGAAUUGGCAAAGACGUCCAUGCUCUUAAAAAGACGCUUGAUAGGCUCCAGAGAGAAAGAUUGGAGUUUGAAGAAUCCUUCUUUGAGUCGAAUCAAGAGAAAGAAGCUCUCAACAGAACGCUGAGUGAGGCGGCAAAGGAAAACCUAGAGUUAAAAGAAAGAGUAGAGUCAUUAGAAAAGGAGCUUCAACUGGUCCAAGUCAAACACACGGAAAGGUAAUAGGUCUUCUUUAACAAGUUAGUCUGUCCUUCAGUGAGUAAACUAAGAGGUGGAGAGUCUCUCAGUAAGGUAGUCAGCCUGAUGCAUUUCAGUAGUCAGUUAUCGACAGCCGUCAAACAGCAAUUCAGCACAAUUUUCAGUCUGCUAGCAAGCCAGUUACACAGUGACUUAUUACAAUUGUCAGUUCAUCAGUCAGGCGGCCAGUCAUACAGGGACUCAAUGCAUUUGUCAGUCAGUCAGUCCGCCAGUCAUACGAGCACAAUUGUCAGUCUGUUGGAUAGCCAGUCAGUCGGUCAGUCAUCUGUUCCAAUGACAAUUAAUUACAAUUGGUAGUCAUUCUUUAAACACUUCUUCCGUCCGUUUUUCUUUUCUGUCUAUAGCUUACUAGAAAUAACAGAGAAACAGCAACAAGAAUUGGAGAAAGAGGCGAAAAGAUCACAUUUAACACUGGAAAAAACACAGAAGACUUCCGAGAAGCGAGAAAGAUCGUACAAGGCAAAGCUGGAGGCUUUGGAGAAGCAGGUAAUUAUUUGGAAAGUUUCAACCUAACCGUAUGUAUAGUCUUUUAAUUAAUUUGUUUGAUAUCCCUUAUUUGCCUCUAGAUCUCAGCAGUGUUUUUCGCUAUAAAACAGUGAAAUCAAUCAGGCUUUUUAAUUUAUGUUCUAGGUUACUUUCCUCCAAACUGAACUCCACAAUGAACGAGAGCAGAAAAUGGUGCAAAGUAACAAAGCUGCAAUAAAAAGCGAUGAAAUACGAGAGGUUCGGCAGUCUUUAGGCAAAUCACUCCAAGCAGUCGAAGAGGACGCGAACAACCUUCGCAGUAUGCUGGGAAAAUCUCUUCGUAAAAUCGACCGUUACACCGAAGCUAUCCGACGAAACGAACCACCUCUACCAUCCACUGACACAGAGGGAUCAACCGUGGAUACGUUUCCCCGUCAACAAAUCGAUCGAUCAUCGGAAGAGGCGAAGUAUCCCCGAUCAUCGAGGAGAGGAACGAGGUCGGCCUCACAUACGAACUCUAGGGAACGAAGCAAAUCUCAUGGACUGCCAUCCUCUGCUCGUGCCUCAUCUUCGGGUGUUAUUAUGAGCAACUCUAGAAACGAUUACGAAGGUGUGGCGUUAGAAUUAUCUCCCGAAAUUCACUCCCCGCUUAGGAGGUAUAGAAGAGAUAAGAAAUCUGUCAAUUAAUAUCAAAGGUGUGUGCAUCUUACUAAAAUGUGUUAAAUGGACCGUUGCGUGCAACCGUUUGAGAGAAAAAGAAAAGAAUGAAUUGUUUAAGAAAUGCUGAAAUCAAUGCAAAUCGUGAUAAUUUCGUCUUGUAUAUGAAUUCAGAGAUAAUUUUAAUAAUGUGUAUAAUUUAAAUUCGCACGAGUCGAAAUCAAAUAUCUGUAAACUGCGUGAUUGCCGACGCAUUUUCAAUUAAAUAACAUUCCAACUGAAUUUAUUCGGAUUAAAAUAGUUAGGCAGGAUAUUACCGUGUUUUAGAAAAUAGAAUUGUGAUUUUUUGGCUUAUGCGCCUGAGAUCGCUUCUGUUCACGCUAUGUACAGUAAUAUUUCUUGAUCAUUCUGUGACUUCAUCUACAAUCCUUCUUUUUAGAUUGUAGAUAUUUUAUUGAUAGGGUUGUCAUUAUGAUGAAGGUAUCAUUCGUGACCCUGUACACAGUCAUGCUUUUCGACUUCAACCUCUCAGUUUGUCAACACUUAUGGUACAAAAGAUUUCAUAUUCGUCGUAAGAGAGAGUUUCGAUCUAUCUAUAAGAGAAAAUUAUACGUGUACUUAGGAUAACACCAGAAGAAUGCACAAUUUGUAAUAAUACACUUUAAACUUCCGUCC